UUUUGACACAGGUAUAAUUUUUUUUUUUUUUGUAAAUCAAAAGCCUUGAAUUCUAGCAAAAUUAAUGAAAUUGAAAAUAGAAAUUUAAUAUUUCUAUUAAAAAAACUUAAAUUGUACGAAUUUAUUACAUAACACCGGUUAUAAGUUAUAAUGCGCAGUAUAUUAAUCUAUGCAUGAAUCAUGGAUAAAAUAAUAUAGGCAUGAUUGUUCAUAAAAUGUAGUUAUUGGAUACUCGAUAAAAACAAAGAGAUUUCAUUUCAAUGAUACGAUAUCUGUCGAUGACUCAUCUAUCGGUAAACAUGAUUUUAUUAAUUUCACGAUCCCAGUAAUGAACAAAUAUUGAAGUUGUAAAGCACUUAGGUAAUUUUUAUUUGACUUAUCUAGAAAUUUUAGCCAAUCGGUGAUUUAUGUGAAUUAUUAAUUAGUUUUUCUUACAUGAUCGCGAAAUUUGUCGUAUUGUUCGCAGUUUUCGUAGCAAUGGCAAGCACUCUGACCACCGAAGAAAGAUUUGCCGAAUUUAAGACGAAAUUCGGCAAGACCUACGCGACCCCCGAAGAGGAACAAGAGCGCUUCAAAGUGUUCGAAGCGAACGUGCAGAGAAUUGAUGAACACAACAAGAAAUUCGAAACUGGUGAAGUUACGUUCUCUCAAGGAGUCAAUCAAUUCUCCGAUUUGACUCCCGAUGAAUGGAAAAACAGGAACCACGGAUUGAGACUUAAACCGACUUCAACCUAAAAUGUACUUGCAUAACGAGUAUACCUAUUAAUUAUGUUUGAAUAUUUUUAUAAAGUAUAUAUUCGCUUGAAUUAAAGCAUUUUGUUCGUCUAA